CGCGGCCUACCGUGCAACAUUGAAUGCUAUCUCURCAAAGAUUGAUCUCGCCGUAACAUUCUGCAAAAGGUACGUCUCUUAUGUUUUUCGAUGUUCAUUGACUUGUCAAAAUCAAUCGAAUGGCCAAGAGGUUGUUGAUGUCACCAUUUUCUGUUGCAUGUAUAUUUCUACGUCAAUCCAGUAGUAUCUUUUCAUCUUUUAGCGAACCUUGAUGGACGUGAUGUUUUAUUUGCGUGUCUUGCGUUGUCUUCCUGAAAAGAAUUCAGAGCAUAGGCUUCAAAAUUACACMAUUGCUGUUAUAAAGUUUUAACCCAUCUCGGGGUAGUUGACUGUUUUUCAUCUUGCCUACUUKUAUCAUUCUUUUCGAUACAGCAGCAAUCCUCGUCCGAGUACUCAUAUCUGCGCCACACUCCUUAGUACUUGUAUCUCUUCCGGGAAGUCUCAUUCACCUUAUCRCUUUUGUAUUACUAUUCAUUUUCAAGAUUCUUCGCAGUUGUCUAAAAUUACAGUGUUGAUGAAAAUCUGCCCUUCACUAGAUGACAGAGAGAAGCAAAGYUACUGUAUUAUACGUUUGAAAAGGACGAAGUAGUUCGAAACAUUCACUUAUGCACUCKUGCAUUGUACAGUAUUAGGAUUUUUCUGAACUUUUCGAUCAUAGAUAUAAAGCGCAAAAUGGAACGAAAAAAUUAUUAUGACUAUGAUGGGAACAAUUCGUCUUCGCAGCGACCGCAGCAUACUCAAUUUUUAGAUUUGACGAAUGGGGAGGGUGGCGAAAGCAGACAAGGUAUGGCGAUCUCAUUCCGUGGUGACGACGGUUACGCGGGAACCAAUAACUUAGGCAAUAGUAGAAGUACSCCCGCCCCUAUUCCUUCGAUAAGGACAUCGAUGAGUAUUUCUCGUGGAGGCGGCAAUGAUGUCGUAACGAAGCUGGGAAGUACGAAGCUUGAUCCCAAUACACCGGGAAGGCUCGUGGAAACAGGCCAAGAACAAACAGGUAGAUGGACAAAGGACGAACACGAGGCAUUUCUUAUCGGCAUCAAAAUGUAUGGAAAGGAAUGGAAAAARGUUGCCGCCAAAGUUAAGACGCGAACAGUUGUUCAAACUCGAACGCACGCUCAAAAAUAUUUCCAGAAAUUAGCAAAGGCAAAUGAGGGCAAAGAAGAUGUGACACACGUUGACAUGGGAACCGCAUCUGAAGCCAGGAGGGGUGGGUCAGCGAUCAAGAAGAAACAACGUAUUGCACCUUCCACGUCAAAUAAGAUGGCUAGGACCACAAGUGUUGCUUCUGCAGCCCAAGUGAUUUCGACGUUCUCUGGGCAGCAUUCUCGUCCACCGAUGACAUUGAACGUGCCAAUUGAGGCAUCGAAGACCGCGCGAGGGGCGCAUGGGGCCCAUGGGGCCCAUGGCUUUCAGGCAGGAAAUGCACCAAUUGGGAACGAACCUAAGAUUAUCGAGGCGAUCUCAUCUCAAGAUCGUAGCAUGUAUCAACCAGCUCACGGGUUUUUAGGCGCAUUUGGUUCUGGUGCAGUAACAUCUGAAACAAGACCACUACCUGCUUCGUCCUCUUCCGGCGUAAAAGAUGUCAUUAAAAAUAACCUUGGCAUGGGAAGUAAAAAUUUUUUACUUAMUAAAGCACCAAGAAUAGGUACGAMUGCGUUCCCUAGUAUGAAGAUCGUGGCACCAGAACAUGACUCGGCAGUGAAAAGAGGCAAAUUUCCAGAACCAUCACCUGCGGCGGGUGGGAAACGUAAGGUCGACGAACUCGAUGCUGCACAUAUGCUCCAGUUAAUAGGGGAACCAUUAAUGAAACCGCCGAAAUCACUUAGUGGGAGGGAGCAUCCAUUAAAUCAAAAGAGCAAUCUGAAAAGAAGAAUAGCAUCAAUGCCCCACAACGACCAGAAUSCUUUCGGUAGUAGUGAGGAUGGAACAGCUACUCCACCUCCACUAGAAGAGGGAAAGACUACUCAAAAUGUGGCUGGUUUUGAAGUCCUGAAUAAGACUAAACAAAUGAUACUAGACGGUAGUGUCAACCCGUCAGAUCUCRUGAACUCUCCCAAAAAACCGAUUGGCCUCUCGUUACAGAUUGUGAACCCAGAAUCACUCGGAGUUUCUCAUAAGAUGAUAGUGGGACGGAAUGCAGAUGGGCUAAAGUCUCCAGUUACUCCAUGGGAAGGGGAACUUCGAGCUUUAGUAAGGUAAGAUAUAUGGAAUUUUUUAAGUUGAAUUUGGAAGAAAAAAGUUAAGGAAGUUCAAUUUACUCACAUGCAAAAAAAAUAUUCACGCCGAGCAACUAGCGAGGAAAAGCUCAAAAUACCAGCGAAAGAUUUAACUGUUGGAGGCGGCAUGCCUGUGGCGCCCAAAAUGGAACCCCAUGGUGAGCAACAUAGUUSUUUCGUUCAUCCGAUUUGUGGUCCUGGUUCAGCUUUUGGGAGGAGUCUUCUUCAUAAAGCCGUGUGUGACAUGGACAUUAUCGCUGUGCAGAGUCAAAUGUCAUCACGACCCGACUACUUUGAUCGUAGAGAUGAAAAGGGAUACUGUCCAAUUCAUUCAGCUUGYGCAUUGUGUCUGAAAAAUCCGGAGAACUCUGUUGUGAGCGCUGAAAUUGUUCGGAUGCUAAUCGCUGAAGGAGUGGAUGCGUCGAUUCGAGAUCCAGAAGGCAAUACACCUCUCCAUUGGGCGGCCCGCGCUGGGGAUAAAAAAACUGCUCAACUUCUGCUUGUGAAGAAUAACCCAAAAGGUAAGUUAAUAAUGUCACACCAUAUCGGAAGUACUUUCCUCCAACAAAAAUGUACCCAUUUCUAUCUUUUUUUUAAAUUAAUCAACACCACUCAGAUGCGAAAAACGAGAGAGGAGAAACGCCCCUCCAUUGGGCAAUGCGUUCUGGCCGAGUUGGRAUACCUGUUGCUUCCAUUUUGAUAGAAAAUGGUGCUCGACCCUCAGUUUGGAAUACUCAAUUCAAGAGACCUAUUGAUGUUGCUGCGGAUGGCUUUCUCGACGAACCUGACCCUGUCAUGGWGAUAAGAGCAUUGGACGAGAAAAAAAAGAAAYUGAAAAAGGAACAACGACGAAAACUCCGCGAAGCCGCUGUCGAACGGAGGGAGUCACGGGCAAAUCUCUUCGAGAUUUCUGCGCAGUCACGAACGCUUGUUCUUUAUCACCCUGAGUGCCUGGAACAUAUUCCAAAAGGAAAAGGGGAUUGGGAAAAUCCCGAUCGGAUCAAUAGUAUUAUGGAGCGAAUACAAGAGGGAAAUCCUGGAUCAGAAACUCCAUCGAUAUACCAAAGGGAGAUUCAAAUUUCAAAAGAGUUUGAGCGUGCCAAGCUCGAUCUAUUGAGUCGUGUUCACAGUACUGAAUAUCUAAAUAUGGUGAACGAAUUGAGCAAAGAUUUAGAACGCAAGCAAAAAGAACAGAAUGCUACCAAUGGAACAAAUAAGGAUGAUACUUCAGGCACCCCUCAGGUGGUCCCGUUCACUCCAAUGGUAAGAUUUCAUUCGCACUCUAGCUGAACGCCAGUAUAUGCAAAUAAAAAAGCUCAUGAUGAUUGCACGCUCAUCCUUAUUUUUGCAGGUUCUACGGUCAAUAACCAAAGCUCAAGAAUCAAGCAUCAAAAUUAGUGACCAUUCAGAUACUUCUUUCAGUGCAGGCUCAUUGCGAGCAGCUCGUAGAGCCGCAGGUGCAGUCCAGCAUGCAGUUGAUUGGUAAGAUUUGUUGGUUGUAUUUAUUAUGUAGGUUUUUUUUUUUUCGAUCUAAUUUUUUCGUUGUUAGUGUUUUGGUUGGAAGGCACCGGAAUGCAUUUUGUAUUGUGAGGCCACCAGGUCAUCAUGCAGGCAUUAACGGUUUGCUAGGGGAAUCAUGUGGGUUUUGUAUAUUUAACAGCGUUGCUGCUGGUGCGAUGCAUGCGAUUUCGGAUGAGCGCUUGUUGUGCGAACGGUGCGCUAUUGUGGACAUUGAUGCGCAUCAUGGAAACGGCACCGAAGAAAUCGUACGGAAAUGUCAUGAUCCUGCGAAAUUAUUCUUUUUUUCCAUUCAUCUGUACGACAACGAUAGAAAAGGAAAGCGGGAAACGAAAUCUUUUCAGUACAAGUUUUAUCCAGGAACAGGAGACGAGGAUGAUCUUCCUCUGAAUAUUAUCAAUGUGCCGAUAACUCCCUUGUGGAAAGAAGGAAACCAAUUUCAAAUUGGAGGUACUCAUAACACUCGUCACCGGACACGAAUUAGAGCAAAUCAAAGCGACGACGGAAGCUCUUCAGAGACUGGAACCCCGAAAGUGAGUGACGCUGAAGUUGAUAUUAAGAUGUCGAGGGCGUCAUCACCGACGAGUUUCAGUUCUUCGGGUUCAGGCGGCGGACGGCAGGCAUAUAGAAAGGCUAUACAGAAUAGAUUAUUGCMUGCUUUGAGAGCUUUCAACCCUGAUCUAAUAUUGAUAAGCGCAGGAUUUGAUGCUUGCAAGGGUGAUGUGGGCAACGCAAAACAUUUAGGAGGAAAAGAAAAAAUGGGUAUUGACUUAGAACCCGAAGAUUACGCGUGGACAACCCGCAAAAUUCUUGAGAUUGCCGAUAUUUGUUGUAAAGGCCGGGUUGUUUCUGUCUUGGAGGGUGGGUACGGUAGACAUCCUGYGUCGGGCGUAUAUGAUCCUGGUGAGCCAUUGGAUAAAUCUUUAUUCAGCGAAUGUGCAAUAAGACAUGCGCACGCUAUGAUAGACCCGUACAACGUCGAAGAAAGGUUUGGGUCCUCGAGAAAGAACAGUUUAUGAAUGUAAUCAUUGUAAAGUUGCACACAAGUUGUUUUUGUCUUUUUAAAAAAAGUUUACAAUAUUA